GGCGGACCCGUCCCUGCGCCGGGGGCGGAGCCUGCGUGCCGUAGACGCGGAGCUGCGCCGGCUGGAUCAUGGCGGCUCCCAGCGCGCUGCUGGUGAUGGGCGUGAGCGGCGCGGGAAAGUCAACCGUGGGUGCCAUGCUGGCUUCUGAGGUAGCCAUUCCUAGCCUCCCUGGUGCACAUCCUGUGCUGUGUCUCAUUGCUCCUCUCUCCUCUGGCCUGGAAUGCUGGGCUGGAAAUUUUAUGAUGCAGACGACUACCACCCUGAGGAGAACCGAGCGAAGAUGAGAAAGGGGAUACCACUGAGUGACCAGGACAGGAUCCCGUGGCUCUGCCACUUGCAUGACGUUUUACUAAGAGAUACAGCCUCAGGACAGCGCGUGGUUCUAGCCUGCUCAGCCCUGAAGAAAAUGUACAGAGACAUCCUAACAAGAGGAAAAGAUAGUGCACCUCCAAAAUAUGGGGGGUCAAAAGAAGAGAAGCCAGCGGAAGUGCAGCUAUUGGUGAUCCAUCUGAGCGGCUCAUUCAAGGCCAUCUCUGGACGCUUGCUCCAAAGGAAAGGACAUUUCAUGCCCCCUGAGUUACUGCAGUCCCAAUUUGAUACUCUGGAGCCCCCGACAGCCCCAGAAAACUUCAUCCAAAUCAGCGUGGACAAAAAGCUUUCAGAGAUCAUUACUACAGUUAUAGAAACUCUGAAAGUAAAGCAAGACUCAUUUCCUGUCAGUGCUCUAGAACUGGCUUGAAUCUGUCCCAUUUCAAAUUCAAAUCUUGCUGGAGUCUCCUUGCCCAUGCUGUAUUCUAAAUCCUUAAAGUGCACAAACCAAGGUGCGAUAAGAUACAUUUGCCUAAUUGCAAUUGUAGGAACUUGUGAUGUACUUGGCAUCAUGGGCUGCACAGGGGGAGAAGGAGAAAGGAAAUUGAAAAGUAAAGCUAAGAUUGAAGUUGAAAUUAAUGUGAUGCAAUCAGAUGACUACAGGAAAUUCAUAAUCCAUGCUGGAUUAGUCAUAGUCAUUACCUGGUUUAGAACAUUCUCCUUCAUGUCUGUAUGUUAAUAAUAAAUGAAACAUGGCUGUUCUUGGCAUCCCCUAGAAAUUGGUCUCAGGAACAAAAAUGUGCAGAGUCGGCCACCUACCUGCAAGUCACUUCAUGCACUUAAUCUGUUCCAGUUUCUGUCCUUGAGCUGUGGUUCACAGCAGUGGCUCUCAAACUGAGGUCUCCAAGGCCAUUAACAACAGCACAAGUGAGCUGUGUCCAGUUGACCCAGCAGCCUCAGACAAACAUGUUUAUCAGCAGCAAAACCCAAGUUUCUUGCCUUCUGGCUAAAAUUAUGUCAACUCAAACUCAACACUGUCUCUACUAAGCACUUGUGUCAUGUAUGUGGUUGUAAUUUAAACAGAAAAUUGCAUAACUACUAAUUAAAAGGGGUUGUUUUGAAAUUUAAA